CCGAGCCUCCAUCUCUCCUCUUUACUCUCCAAUUCUCCAUUAUCGAAUCACCCAAUACCUGCAAAAAUCCCGACAGGGACCGAUUGUAGCGCGCAUUUGGUUCGACCUUUUGAAGUUCGAAAAGAAAGCGGGAAAAGACACACCCGUUCUACUUCGUACCCUUUGCAACCUCAACUUCACUUCUACCAACGGUGAACCCCGUCCAUACACAGCACUCCGUACAUACGCCGUGCCCCGUUGAACUUCUCUCAACCUUGCUUGGGGUCCUGUUCAACUUCCGCUCGACACACGCCUCCACACCCAUCAACCAGGUCCCAUCCGUCCAUCCAUCCUUCUCUGAUCACCACAAGUCGCGCGGUGGCCCCCCCAGGAACACACCAAUUACCGUACAUGGUCUUCACUCGCCUUUGGUUUCUGUUACCAUAUUCUUUCGCCAUAUCACGCCGUCCUUGUCAGCUACGCAACCACGUUCCCACCCGCCGCUCUUCAACGAGCCCUGUCCUGGCCUGACCCGACGUCCGAUGCGCAUGAGAUCCGCCCCCAGAGCCAAGUCCCCCUUGCGGCCCUGGUCCUUCAACACAGACGAACUGCCCUUGCUGCGCGGUCCCGGACAUCGUCUCCAACCUCUCGCGCCUCUUCUUCGGCCCUGCACGGGAAUCGGUUCCCUCAUAUCCGGCUUGUACUGCUUUCAUCAUCGGGCUUCCUAUUCAGUCCAACCUUGUUAAGCGGCUCUUCUUUGCGCUGGCACCACCCGAUGACUCGACGCCUCCCGUUUCGCUUCACUCCUCCCGCCAGCCCGUUGCAACCUUGACCUUCCAUCCCAUCUCGUCUGCGUCCUCCACAACCACCACUCCUCCUCCCAUCUGUGCUUCCUGUGCUUGCUCGUCGUGCUUGUCUCGAACCGCACCUCGCUCGCUCCAGGAACCGGAUUCUAUUCCUACGCCCGGUCAUUGGAACCAGGCCUAUUACUUGGACCCGUCGCUCCAUUGCCACCGCUUUCUCGCUUCUCGGCACAUCACUCCAUCCCUCAUCCACCUUCUCACCACGACACCUACACAUCCACACCACCAAGGUUUCCAGUCCUUUCUCCAUACCUACGCAUUCGUACCUGACUGGACCUAAUCCACUCCCCGAUCUCAUCUCAUCUACCGGUCUCGUCCCAGGACCCCUUUGCAUUUGUUUUACGUUACUCUGCCCCGUGCGGCCCUAAGAAAGAGCCGCCGACAAAAGGCCCUCACCAUGAAGUUUUGCGGGUCAGCAUAACCCCCGGGCCAAGCACAUCUCGUGAAUCCCUCGUUCCAGGGAAUCCGUCCGAGACAGACGCACGGGAACGGGCCUCUGCCUCCGCUGCCACCCGCCGCAUGGUGGUCCUGGCCUGACACGACUCGUCUGUUGCCGGCUCACUCGUCUCCUGUCAUAUAAAACCUCAUCUGCCCCAUGGAUCCCCGCAGCGAGGACAGCGGAAAUGGACCAUCUAAUACCGCUGUGCAGCCGCCGCCUCUCCGGCGGCGACUAUCGAUGGAGGAGGACUAUUUCUACCAGGAAGUCAUGACUUCCCCUUUCCGACGACCAUCACAGCCGCCACCAUAUGAGCGGGAUGCUAGACCAAGACGACCGGUGGCACCCAGGGUCAACUCCCAACAUGGAGUCGGGGAGGAUUUGCCAGGCUAUUCGUGCGAUAUCGAGUUGGAGGGCGUGUGGGUGAAGAAGAUGGAAAUUGAAAACACAACCAAACGGGCAGAGGACAGAAAUUGGCACACCACUAUCGUACAACUGCGAGGCACUGCAUUGAAUUUUUACAACGUGAAGAAGGACUGGGGAUGGGGCAGGACGAGAGACGGACCGACCAUCUCGCCCGACAAUCCGCCAUGGGUGCGGAAGGCAUCUCUCGACAGAGCGUACAGUCUUCAGCACGCCGAUAUUGGUAUUGCUGCCGAUUACAAGAAGAGGCGAUAUGUCAUUCGUGUCAGGGCCGAGGAGGAUCAGUUCCUUCUAUCCUGUAUAGAAUUAAGCACGAUGGUUAGGUGGUUGGAGGCUCUCUUCGCCGCCAUCGAUGUUGCCGCUCCCAUCGACGACCGUGACUAUCCCCGCGACCAGAGCAUCCCCCGCAUUCAACGCAUCCGCUGGUUCCGUGGCCAGACACCAGCACCGACGAACAACUACCCCGUACCGACGCCAAGACCACUGAGUCCUGAACUCCGCCGCGUGGCUUCUGCCGAGGCACCCGAUCCCUUCCCAGCAUCUUCGACCAUAGAGGGUCUCGUUCACCAGGCCGUCGUCAACGAGCGCGGCGAGACCAACGUACUAGACAGCGAGUCUAUUUACGGACCCGGACCUGGGAGGAACGAGUUGAUCAGCAGCCGCUUGUCGACAACAUCGUAUCCCAACGAGGCCAUCGAUCCAGACACUGGAAAAUGGGCACCCGAGCAUCAAUGGAGUGCGGCCCACGAUCUGCUCUAUGCCAAGCUUUGCUACUCUGUUCUCCUGUUCAAGAGCCCCCGAAAGUCAAACUACAUCAUCAGCAAGGGGAAACGAUGGUUCGUGGAUUGGGCAACAGGUCGCAUGGUGCGCGUACUGCCGCCAGCCUACGGCGAGAUUGAUUUCUUCGGCCCUUGGCAAGUCAUCCACACGGAAAACAGGAGGAUUUAAGAUGGAUCGUUGUUUCUCCCUCACUUCUACUGCACAUAUACAUACCCCGUGCCCACGUCAACGACGAGGGCCUUUCUUUCGCAUUGACACGAGGAAGAAUCGCAAGAUUCGAACGAUACGGAUUUUUACCAUACAUUACCCAGAGGCUGGGCGGUCGGUCGGUACGGCGGCCAAAACAAAAUCGGGCGGGACGGCGCGGCAUAUGCAUUCGGUUGGCUCUUUUCUUUCUUUCUUCCUUCCUACUUCAUCUCCAUUCCUCUCAACCUGUUCUCAGUCUCCUUUGUCAUUCAUGGCGGGUGAGAGAGAGAGAGAACGAGAGCAUAGCUUUGCGCCAAGCAUAUCAUCAUUGGGCGGAGUUGUCAAGGGCAGCGGCAAUGCUCGCUGCCCCAAAUUUCAUUAUUGUCCUCUUGCUUUUUCUGUAGCAUGGAGUAUUCAGCGUUGGCAUCGCGAAAGCCUUGGCACCGAACAUAUUCGUUAACGAUGGGGG